GCCGGCAGGAGGUGCUCCGAGUGGCGGGAAUUUGCAGAUCCGUGAGCGCUGAGUGGAGAGGGCGAGUGAAAAUGCAGUUUGUUCGGGGGAAGCGGACGAUUUCCCCGCUGGCGGAGCUGUACCCAUUCCCCGUCCAGUUUUACGAUCAGCCUCCGAGUGGUGAUAUCUCGUUGCAGGAGUUCGAGAGCCUGGCAGUGGAGAGGCUGAAACUUCUCAAGAGUGUAGAAAAUAUUGGCAUCAGUUACAUCAGAGGAUCUGAACCCCAUAACAGGAAACUGGAGAAUGAACUUCGAAAGUUGAAGUUUCCCUACAGGGUAGUCAGUGAGGAGAAAUUGGAUGAGUAUGAAAUGAGGAGGAAAGAUCACAUCUCUCAUUUCAUACUGCGUCUUGCUUACUGCCACUCGGAGGACUUGAGGCGAUGGUUUAUUCAACAGGAGUUGGACUUGUUCCGUUUUCGGUUUGGUGAGCUCCAUGACAAGCAGCAAGACUUUCUUAAAAUAAAUUCUUUGCAAUACGAUGCUAUUAAAGAAGAGGAAAAAAAACGCUAUGAAAAGGAAUUGGAGAUCUCUGGACAAAACGUGACAGAAUGCCAAAUCUUUUACAAGGUCCCUUUUACUGAUGUUCUUGAACUAGUCCGUGUUCGGAAGGCCUUCCUCAGGAACGGGUACGCGUACAUACCUCAUAUGGAAAUAGUGAUUAUAAUUCAGAAUGAAUUUCGACAGAGACUUUCCAAGUCAUUGGCUUUGACAUCAAGAUCGCUCCCUUUUAUACAGUCAGAUGAGCGUCUGCAACCUCUGCUGAACCACCUCAGCUGUGCGUAUGUUGGACAGGACUACAGUGUUCAGAAGCACGUUGGGAAGGUGUCCCUGGAUCAACUUGAUGGGCUGGCUACAAAAUCUUAUCCUCCCUGUAUGCGGCAGUUACACAAGGCUCUGCGGGAUCACCAUCAUCUCCGACACGGUGGUCGCAUGCAGUAUGGACUUUAUCUCAAGGGGAUAGGCAUCACCCUAGAUCAAGCCUUGCAGUUCUGGAAAUCAGAGUUUGUAAAAGGAAAAGUAGAACCAGAUAAGUUUGAUAAAUCAUACGCCUAUAAUAUACGGCACAGCUAUGGAAAGGAAGGCAAGAGAACUGACUAUACACCAUUCAGCUGCAUGAAGAUUAUUCUGUCAAAUGCGCCCAGUCAGGGGGACCAUCAUGGCUGUCCAUUUCGGCACUGUGAUCCUGAAAUACUGAAGUCAAAGCUGCAGUCCUAUAAGGUUCCACCUGCAGGAAUAACUCAGAUUAUGGAUUUAGUCAAGGGAAUGCAUUACCAGCUGGCCUGUCAGAAAUACUUUGAGCUAACCCACAAUAUUGACGAAGUGGGGUUUUCUCUGAGUCAUCCAAAUCAGUAUUUCAUUGAGAGUCAGAAGCUUCUGAACAGCAGCCGAGAUGCAAAGAAAGAGUCGAGCCAGCCAGAAAGCACCCAGCGUAACCAGGGCAGCCAGCCUCAAAGAGAGGUGAACUCCAGUGUCUCCAAAACCACAAGCAAGACCGAGUUGACUAAUAUAGAGGGUAUAAAUAUCGAAGAACUUCUCAGUGAAGAGUACAUGGAAUAAUUGUUUAUGAGAUGGUUACCUAAAGAAAUACACUGUUUCAGAACAACUUUCUAAAGUGAAUAGUUCAUGUGCUUUUCCAAUUUUAUUUUCUUACAUAAACGUGCAAGUAAACUUAAAAUAAAAUGAAUUCUGUCCAGAAUAACUAAAAAGUAAUAACUUUGUUCAAGUCCAGCAAAAAGAAAUCCACACACUGCCUUUCAUUGUUACUUGUAGCAGGUUCCUGGAAAGAAAUACUAUAUGAUUGAUUUUGUCAAUGGAGCAUCAUGAAAGUCAGACUAAAAAGAUUUCAUCUGAACUUAUUCGAAAUGUAAUGUAAGGAAUGUGUUAUUAUGUUGGUAACACCUUAUUAAGGCUGUGUCACAUCAGAGCCAAAACCUUCACGAGGCAAUGGCUUUUCAGUAUUCAUUAUAAGGGGUCGGUUUUAUUCCCCUGUAGCUAUGUGAGCACUUUGAUGUUGUACACCUGGGAUCUUCUCUCUUUAACAAAUCUACAUUUUUGCAUUCUUAAUUGUAAAUAGGACUUGCAAAUCCAUUAUCAUUAGCAAUUCUACAACUCAUUGCAUUGUAAUGUGAAAUGCUGUUUCUCAUUGGCCAUUAAAUGCCAAGUAUAUUGAACAUGCUACUAUCAUACUUAGAGAUUUAUAAUGGAGAGGGAUAUCGAGGUCUGUUUGUUUUGUUGUUCAAGAUUUCAUAAUGUGGAGUAAGCAAUACAAAAUAAGUUAUUACAGUGCUGGAUUUUCAUUAAAGCUUAACUGAUAUUCUC